ACACCAGCUACGUACUCUCUCGCAUAUAUAAACACUCUUGGGCCCUCAGAAUUCUCAAGCAAACUCCACAUAAUUUUUUUUAGAGUUCUCUCUGAAAAACACACAACAUGGUUUCUUGGGUUAGAGGAAAGUGCGUAGGCAAAGGCUCGUUUGGCUCCGUCAACUUGGCUUUCAACAAACAAACUGGUGCCGUUUUCGCCGUGAAGACUGCCAGUGAAGCAAAUCAAGUUCAGGCGUUAGACAACGAAAUCAAGAUUCUAAGCUCGCUAUCUUCUCCUUUUAUAGUUAAAUUCCUCGGCGACGACGUCUCGUUUGAGAACUCGAGAGCUUGUCGGAAUCUUCACAUGGAGUACUUGCCCGGCGGCACCGUUGCUGACCUGGCUUCAUCAACUCAACGUUUCGCUGAUGUGAACGAGGAGACUGUUCGGUCAUUUACUUACUGUAUAGUCUCUGCUUUGAAGUACAUACACUCAAGAGGUAUUGUUCACUGUGAUGUUAAAGGACGGAAUAUUCUAUUGGGUCACAGUUUCGAUUCCGUUAAACUAGCAGAUUUCGGGUCCGCGAUUGACGCCACAAGCGGCGAGCCUCUCUUGCCCCGUGGAAGUCCGUUGUGGAUGGCUCCGGAGGUGAUUAAACGAGAAUACCAGGGACCGGAAAGUGACGUUUGGUCUUUGGGCUGCACAAUUAUCGAGAUGGUCACUGGAAAACCGGCCUGGGAGGAUCACGGGGUUGACUCACUAAGUCGAAUCGGGUUUUCAAACGAGUUGCCCGAGUUGCCGGGUCAGCUGUCUGUACUCGGUCGGGAUUUUUUGAAGAAGUGUUUGGAGAGGGAACCAAGUAAGCGGUGGAGCUGUGAUCAGCUACUGGAGCAUCCAUUCUUAGCUUCCGUGAGUCCUAAUUUGUUGGGCAACGAAUUGUCUCCACGUUGCGUACUUGAUUGGUUUAAUUCAGAUUUCGAGGAAGAUAUUGACGUAAUGGAACGUGGGAUGAGUUCGAGUUUUGAGAAUAUUGAGGUUGCGGCUAGAAAUAGGAUUGGUAAAUUGGUGGCAAGUGGGGGGGUAAAUUGGGAAACAAAAGAUGGCUGGGUGGAGGUGAGGAGCUGUUGCGGGCAUCGUGGAAGAGGAGAGGAGGAAGAAUUGGGGACAAGUUCGGUAUAUUCUUCUGAUUCGGCGUGGAUAAGUGAGGAAGGGUGUAUAAAAUGGGAAGUUUGUAAUUCCAUUGGCGGUGAAUUACACGUUGACGGGUCUAACAGGUCGAUCUCUUGUGGAAUUUGCUGGUGUGGUGCGGUGUGCUCAGGCAGGAAAGGGGGUGGUGGUUUGAGUUGUCAUUAUGGGUCACAAAAGGUGGAGCUAUCGGUGGAGGGGUGUGAGUUGCUGGUGUUGGUAGGGAUUUACCACAUAUUGUUGUGUAAUUUGUUAUUGUAUUUACUGCAAUUUAUGAGAACAAUAAGACAUAAUUUUAUCCUUUAUUCUAAACUUUUAUUACUGGGUUUAGUUCAUGCAUGUGAAUGUGUGUAUAUCCAGCUGUGUUUUCAGUCCAGUUAUGGAGUUGUUCUGCUCUUUACAGGGUGUAGAACUACUAUUCUGACAUAUAGUAACACAACAGCAUGAAUCUUCUGAUUCCCCUACGAAUUAAAACAGAGGAUCAGUCAAAGUCUAGAGCAUAGAUAACUAACAACUUGUGAACAUGGCAAUUAGUCACAGGGACACUGUGGUGACAAUAAGGAGAAGAAUUGGAAAGAGUGAUUGAUCAAUUCAAGAUUGAAGAUACGGCGCCAGAUUGCCGCCGGUUUGUAGUUUUGCUUGAUUUUGUUUCCUGAAGGCAAGUGACCAUAAGUUUGCCAUGGAGACUAUUUUGGCAAACAAGGCAUGCGGAUCAACAUGCAACUUGCUGGAGGAAUGGUCUCUCAUUAUCAUGUGCAUGUCGGUGAUUGUGUCCACAACAAGAAACCAUUCAAUUUCGAAGAGACACGAGUGUCUUUACCAGCUAUCAAAGAGAAGAUUCAAAUCUAAUCGAAGUUAUCCAACCGGAUCAUACUUUUUCCCUUUCUGAUCGAGCACAGAUUGUUAAUAGCUAUUUUUUCUUAAAUCAUGUGGUUUCAAGGGGGUUGAUUGCGUAACAUUUCUCAAUUCUGAAUCUACAAACAUCGCAAAAGGGAGCUUCACUUGGACGAA